AGUUAUGAUUCGUUAUCGAGUCGGUUUUAAGAACUGAAAGAUAUGUGCUGACACUCAUGCUUAAGCCAGAGACGAAACUCUCCAUCAUGUUUGAGAACCGAGUUAUCUUUGGUUGCUGUGUGCUUUUUGUUGCUCUGCAUUCCUUUGCAGCUGGUUUUUCUUUCAUCUCCCGUUAUGCCGGAAGGAAUGUGACAGCGAGUGUUGGCUCUCCCCUCAACUUUUCCUGGGCCUUUAAAGCUGAUAGCUUUUUAUCCAUCGAUUUUGGCUACUUUACAUCUCUUAAUGCCCUAGCAGUGGAGGAUAAAAACAGGCUUGUACAGAUAUUUCCUGAUGGUACUGUUACACCAAAAAGGGGACGUUUUACAGGAACUUGGGAUAAGCAGAAAAACCCUGGUCAGGUGACAUUUACUCUGAACUCAGUCCAAGUAAACGACGGCAGACUGUUUGGUUGUUCCAUUAUGCCUAGCCUUUUAUCUCUGGCUAUAAUUGGCGACGCGGUAAACUUGGUUGUUUAUGAAAAACCAAAAAUUGAUAACCCAUCUGUUGGUAUAAGUUACAACGAAGGAUUAUCUGUGAAUAUAACUUGCACUGCAAGAGGAAAACCUGCACCAAAUGUGAAAUGGCUGCGAAAAGGAGCCAUGUUGUCUUCUGCUACUAAAACUGCCAGCUUGACCUUUGCAAACAUCAGUAGGAGUGAUGAUGGAAACUAUACUUGUGAAGCUUGUAACAGUGAAGGAUGUGAGGAUAUCCACAUAGUUCUAGUUAUCAACUACCCGCCAAAAAUUCAGAAUGCCACCGCUUCAUCUCUUACGUCCUGGAUUGGUCAGACAGUGACCUUAAAGUGUCAAUCAGAUGGUGUUCCUACACCGACACUCGCCUGGUACAAACCUGAUGGAAAUGAAAUAUUCCGUGUCACGAAUAAAGAAAGUACAAUUCAGGUGCUGUUGAAAGACAGCGGUGAUUUCGGUGAUUACAAGUGCGCUGCUUCUAAUGGUUUAGUUCCUCCGGAUGAUAAGAUAGUGAAGAUGAAUCAGAUAAAAAAACCCAGCCAGGCAUCCAUCAUAUCAACAGAAAGAGACAUUCGAGUCAGUUCAUUAACAGUGAGAUGGACUGCACCAGCUGAUGAUGGAGGGAGUCUUAUCACAGCAUACCGAGUGAUUAUACUAAAGGGUGACACCGAGAAAGGCAGUGUUAAUAUUACUGAUCCUGUUAGCACAAGCUACACUUUUGGGAAUCUGGACAGAUAUACAAACUACACAGUGAAAGUGUUUGCUAGAAAUUUUGUAUUUGAGGGAGAUGCUGCUGUAAGAACAUUAAAGACAAAGUCUGAAGGGCCACCGUAUAUAGUAAAAAUAAACGACCUCCCCAAUUUAACAACAGCGGAUACAAUUACCCUGACUUGGGAAGAGCCAGGAAAUAAUGGAAAAGUUAUCACCCAGUA